GAUGCAAUUUCAAGUUGAACAGGACCUUCACUAAGAAAAUUCUUGCAGGGUUUGUGCUGAUCUUGAAUGGUAUUGGGAAAUACUGGGUGUGACUUUGAUCCACUUCCUGAGAGCACAGACUACUCAUCUCCACAUGGGUGGAGAGGCAAGAGGUUCUAGUUUCAGCCUAAACCAACUGCCUUAAGAUGUGGGUUGGCUGGAAGCUCUUGUUUGCUUUUCUUAACUGAUGUGGAGACUAUGUACAUGGAAGAUUUUAAAGUGCUUUGGACAUUUGGGGUUAAUGUUAUCAGUGGUUCACUUGUUGUUUCCCCCGUUUCUCUCCUUCUGCAGGUCAGCAAUGGUAGGGUCCCCAUGUUACAGGUCAUGUGACUGCAUGACACACGGCUGUGUCUCUAUAUAGGAGAUGCUUGGUGACUCGACUCAGACUGCACUGAGCCUCCCUCUACUUAGCUGUCAUCAGUUCAGAGAGGUUAUCUGCCAUUAUGAUGCCUGGAGGCUUAUCUGACACCAAGCCUGCUACUCCAGAAGUCCAGCAUAUUGCUGACCAGGUGAAGCCACAACUUGAAAGCAAGGUGAACAGGACAUUUGAUAUCUUCAAAGCCAUAGAAUAUAGGACUCAGGUGGUUGCUGGGCUCAACUACUUCAUUAAGGUCCAAGUUUCUGAUGAUGACUAUGUCCACUUGAGGGUGUUUGAGGCCCUUCCUCACGAGAACCAAGGUCCUCGCCUUGACGCUUUUCAGACUGGCAAAACCAGAGAUGAUCCUCUGACCUACUUCUGAGAGACCAUGAGGAAUUGGUGCCUCACUUGUGUGUGAGCUCUGCCUGUGCCCAUGAAUGCAUGGAA